GGAGCCAUCCCCCCGCCCAUCCCCGCAACCGACGGCUCCUCCGCCACCCGUGAUCCGUGGGGGGGACUCGGCUUGACGGGUGUUGCCCCCGGGGCCGGUCCCCGCCGCAGGAUCCAGCGGUGGCCAAAGAGGAGAGGAGAAGACAUCCCAGCGGAGGAACCGUCGAGGAGGAGCCAUGGGGAGCGAGGAGGUGGUGAGGGAGGAGCUGGGGAACCUCCACGGCAUCCCCCUCUACAAGUCCUUCGUGGAGGGCUGGCCCCAGGUGGAGGCUUUCCAAGCCCGGCCGGAUGACCUGCUCAUCUCCACCUACCCCAAAUCGGGCACGACGUGGCUGAGCGAGAUCCUGGAUAUGAUCUACCAAGACGGCGACGUGGAGAAGUGCCGGCGGGAUGCCAUCUUCAACCGGGUGCCCUUCCUGGAAAUGAAAGCACCCCGGAUCCCGAGCGGUGUGGAGCAGCUGGAGAAAACCCCAUCCCCACGGCUGGUGAAGACCCACCUCCCAAUCCACCUCCUCCCGAGCUCCUUCUGGGACAAGAACUGCAAGGUCAUCUACAUGGCCCGCAACCCCAAGGAUGUCGUCAUCUCCUACUACUACUUCUACCAGAUGGCCAAGAUGCACCCCGACCCUGGCACGCUGGCAGAGUUCCUGGAGACCUUCAUGGCUGGCAAAGUGGCCUACGGGUCCUGGUAUGAGCAUGUGCGGGGCUGGUGGGAGAAGAGGCACGAGAAGCAGCUCCUCUACCUCUUCUACGAGGACAUGAAGAAGGACCCACGGCAGGAGGUGCAAAAGAUCCUGCAGUUCCUGGGCAAGGAGGUGGCAGAGGAGACGGUGGAGAGGAUCCUCCACCACACCUCCUUCCAGGAGAUGAAGAAGAACCCUGCUGCCAACUACGAGACCAUGCCCACUGCCCUGAUGGACCACAGCCUCUCCCCCUUCCUCCGGAAAGGGAUCUCUGGGGACUGGAAGAACCACUUCACUGUAGCCCAGAACGAGCGCUUCGACCAGCACUACCAGAAGCACAUGGCGGGCUCCGACCUCUGCUUCCAGAUGGAGGCAUGAGGGCUCAUCCCCCUUCCCAGAGGGGCUCUGCUUCUCCCUGCCCCCCCCCCAGCAAGGAGGGUGGGUCUGGGGGGGAGCAUCCUCAUGCUGAUUCACUUUCCCCCCCUGCAAUAAAUUUGGGAUAACCAGA